UUGGUGUAGGUGUGGGGUUGGAGGACAUGGAGUGGAGACUCGCCUUACUGCUGGUCUCAGGUUUCGUCAUGGAGUGCCUGAGUGUCCCUCGUCACUUCAUCUUUGUAAACCAGACAAAGAGCUGGACUGAGGCACAGAGUUACUGCAGGGAAUAUCACACUGACCUGGCCACCAUUACCAACAUGGAGGACAUGAGAAUGGUGAGGGAGAGUGGUGAAGGUGUUAAGGGGGUUAUCUGGAAUGGGCUGUAUCAGACGACUAACCCCAGCUGGAAGUGGUCUCUGGCAGAGGAAGGUUUCUACGGUCCUGGAGAGGCUGACUUCACUGAUUGGAAACCAAAUGAGCCUAACAACUUGGAUACGGAGAAAUGUACAGUACUGACUACUGAGGGUCAGUGGAAUAAUGUGGAUUGUAAAACCACAAAACCAUUCGUGUGCUACAAUGGUACCCACCGUGGCAAUAAGUCAUAUGUUCUUAUUGAUAUGAACAAAUCCUGGAGACAAGCUCAGAGCUACUGCAGAGAACACUACACCGAUCUGGUGAGUGUGAGGAACCAGGAGGAGAACCAGCGGAUUAACGAGACAGCGCAAGAUAAAGCUGUCUGGAUCGGCCUGUUUAGAGAUGACUGGAUGUGGUCUGACCAGAGGAACUCCUCCUUCAGAUACUGGAAACAAGGCAGGCCUGACAACAAGAAGCAUAACAACUGUGCAGUAACAAAACGGAUUACAAACAAAGGCAAAUGGACAGACAGAAAAUGUUUUAGGAAGUAUCCUUUCAUCUGCCACUGGGACAAGCUGCACACUUCUACCCCAGACAAGCUGCACACUUCUACCCCAGACAAGCUGCACACUUCUGCCCCAGACAAGCUGCACACUUCUGCCCCAGACAAGCUGCACACUUCUACCCCAGACAAGCUGCACACUUCUACCCCAGACAAGCUGCACAAUUCUGCCACAGACAAGCUGCACACUUCUACCCCAGACAAGCUGCGUCUGGUUUCUGAGAAGCUGAGCUGGCGGGAUGCGUUGUAUUACUGCCGAGCGCGCCGCAUGGACCUGGUCUCCGUCGUCUCGUCUGAGAUCCUCGACUGGGUGAAGAAGUUGGCAAAAGACGCCUCCACUGACCACGUGUGGCUGGGCCUGUACUACCUGUGCCCACUGGACGUGUGGUUAUGGGUCAAGGGAGAGACCGUCUGCUCCACCCUCUGGGAUGAGGGGAGCUUGCCCGGCAGGAAGGAGGCGCGUGGGGGAGCAGGAGCUGUGAUGUCUAGAGAAGAGCAGCUGUGGGUCAGCAAGCCUGAGACCGACAAACUCAACUUCAUCUGUGCUACUGACGAGGGUGAGUAGAAGACCUGGAUGGAAGUCCAGGAUCAAGACCUUCUGUUUCUUCUCAUUGACUCCAGCGGCUUCACAUCAA